UCUACAUGUUAUAUUUUAGUGCACAAAAAGCAGUCUGAGGUGGCCAUGGUUGAGGAGAAACACCUUAGUAAUAUCUAUGUUGUUUAUUGAAUUAAUUUAUAUAAAAUAAAAGGUAUGUGUUUUGGCAGCGAUGAUACAGAUAAACAUGCAAAAGAUAUAAUGGAGAUAAUUUGCAGCUAGUUAGGCUUUUAAAUUCAGGUAAAAAUGACUACACAAGCUAAUUAAAAAUUACAAAACUGUUUGGAAACAUCGUGUUCAAAAAUAGUUUAAAAUGUCUCAUGCUAUUCUUGUAUAUCUCCCCUUCUGUUUGGUACGUUUAAUUGAGACUUUUAUUUUGAAAUGUAAACAGGAAGUGUUUUUUCUUUAUGACAGGCUGCAGCUUGAUGGUCGUCAGGUCGACGGACGCUGCCUUGGAAACCACAUAAAUCCAGUCCACGCAGCUGGGUCGCGAGCAGGGACCCAGAUUUCCUCACUUCAAAGGCUUCCGCUCCUCUUCCUCCUCCUCCUCCUCCUCUUCCUCUUCCUCCUCCUCCUCUUCCUCUCCAUCCAUCCAUCCAUCCAUCCUUUGAGCUGUGAACAUGGGCGAGCUGGAAUGAACUGCAGAGCCGGAGAGAAGCAACCAUUUGAAUAAGCGAGAGAAGGAGAAGAAGAAGGAGAGACCGCAGCAGGCGUAGACCAGCAUGCCGUUGGUGAAGAGGAACAUCGAGCCCAGGCACCUGUGCCGUGGGGCGUUGCCGGACGGGGUGACCAGUGAACUGGAGUGUGUGACCAACAGCACCCUGGCAGCCAUCAUCAAACAGCUGGGCAGUCUGAGUCGCCAUGCGGAGGACAUCUUCGGUGAGCUGUUUAAAGAAGCCAACAGCUUCUACCUGAGGAUGAGCAGCCUGCAGGAGAGAGUGGACCAGCUGGCCGUGAAAGUCACCCAGCUGGACUCCACCGUGGAGGAAGUCUCCCUGCAGGACAUCAACAUGAGGAAGGCCUUUAAGAGCAGCACCAUCCAGGACCAGCAGGUGGUGUCGAGGACCUCCGUCCCCAACCCGGUGGUGGAGAUGUACCAUCGCUGUGACAAACCUCCUCCACUCAACAUCCUCAGCCCCUAUAGGGACGACAAGAAGGAUGCACUGAAGUUCUACACUGACCCGUCGUACUUCUUCAACCUGUGGAAGGAGAAGAUGCUGCAGGCCACCGAGGACAAACGCAAGGAGAAGAGACGGCAGAAGGGCUGUCCGGCCCACCCUGACAGGCCCCACUCCAGACAGGCCCCACCCAGGAGCCCCCUGUCCAUCUCUGAGCAGCAGAAGCAGGUUGAGGACCCGGGCAGAGAGGUGAAGAAGGUGCGUAAGGCUCGUAACCGGCGUCAAGAGUGGAACGUCCUGGCCUACGACAAAGAGUUCAGACCAGACGCCAGGCUCACCCCGUCCCCGUACCAUGGCAUGUCCUCAGAGGGCUCCCUGUCCCCUGAUAGCAGGUCAAUGGCGUCCGACUCUUACCCAGCCAGCCCCAACCACCCCUCCACCCAGGCCCCGAGCGCCGUCCACCCCACCGACCACUCCAGGGACCACCUCAGCGCCGGGGCCCAGACUCAGUCACUGGAUCGGGUCCUCAGGCCACCCAACCAGGCCCCGGGAGCCGGAGGCCCCGCACCAGCAGGGCGACAUGCGGCCUCCCUGGGCAGAGCCCCAUCAGGACACGGGGUCCAGGCUGGUGGAGAUCCGAUGGUUAACGGGCCGAGGCAGCAGUCGGUGAAGGAAUAUCGGGCCGGGCACGGCGGCCAGCCCUCCACCAUCCCAGAGUAUUAUAUCCCUCCCGCCCCUCCUCCUCCUCCCCCAACCAUCCCCUCGGCCCAGACCGCCUUCGACUCCACCACAGCCCCGCCCUCCGCCUCCGCUGUGCCCCCCACCUCCUCCACCCUCUCCCGUCCCUACUCCCCUUCCCCUCCUCCUCCCCCGGCCAACUACGUGCCCUCCCCCUCCCACCCUCCUUCGGGUGCACCCCCGGCCGCCCCUCCUCCUCCGCCGCCCGGAGCCCCCACAGGCCACCCUCAUCUGUCACCACCACCGCACGCUGCCGUUGGACAGUCGGCUGUGGAUGCAGCGCCCUCCGCCAGGAAGUCCACCAUGCUGGGGAUGAUCCCAAUGAGCGACGCGCGCUCCGACCUGCUGGCCGCCAUACGUAGAGGUAUCCAGCUGAGGAAGGUGCAGGAGCAGCGGGAGCAGGAGGCCAAGAGGGAGCCCGUCGGCAACGACGUGGCCACCAUCCUGUCGCGCCGCAUCGCCGUGGAGUACAGCGAGUCCGACGACGACUCCGAGCUCGAUGAGAACGAGUGGUCAGAUUAAACAUUUUCAAAUAGAGUGAGACGAGGGCACGGUGGGAGUAGGGGGGGGGGACCUUGAGACACUGAGGUGGAAGUGAAGGGAUUUGGUGAAUGUUCACAUUCUAACAGUUAAAUUCAGUCAUACAUACAUCCACACACAUGCAGCCUCUCUGAACAUUGAGCACUUCUACAGCAACAAGUUGAUCAUUUCAGCUUGCUCGGUUGCCCCUGACAACGCCUAUUCUUGAACUGAAACCCUAGAGGUUUGUGCGUCUAUCCACCCAGGGUGUAUGAUCAACACACACCAUUUCAGCACCCUCCCCCCGUCAGCUCAUUUCUAACCACUAACACUCAGCUGUGAAAAACAAACCCUCCCGACAUAUUUGAGUGAUAAUUCUUAUUAAUAUUGCAGGUUGAGAACCUGUAAUAGCCGUAGUCAGGUGGGCCCCCAGUGAGUACGGGGGAUAAUGUGUUUACAAAGCACAUGGUAUAGCACAAGAACAAGUCAUUACAGUGCAAUCUGAACUUAUCUGCCAAAUGUUGAGAGAGAAUUUAUAAAAACAAGUCAGGAAAAUCAGGGAAAAAAUCCAUUUACGAAAGAUGUGCACUCUCCUUAAGAGACUACACUGUCAUUGUGAGAGUUUGGUCACCUUAUUAACCAACAUGAGAAUCAGCACCAAACUCCUCUUUGUGUAAUGAACUGUGGCUGGUGUGCAUGCUAACAGUUGAACAUAUAGCAUGUAGCCAGAGCAUCAUUACCUAGCUUGGUUUUAAUGUCCUGCAGAGUUUUGUUCAAAUAUCAAUCAAAUCAGGGAUGAAAACCAGUCUUUGGAGCUACUUAAGACUUUGUAGAGUUAGUAGACCUCCUGGAUAAACAACUCAACUCAACUUUAUGUAUUUAUAUAGCACCUUUUCAUACAAACAUGAAGCCCAAAGUAACAACAGAAAUAGACAACAAUAGAUCGAUUUUGUAAGACUGAAAAACUAAAACCCUAACAAUAAAACAAUACAAUUUUGAAAAUAAAUGUCAAUAAGAUGAAAUAAAAUAAACACUAUGGGUAAAAAAUACAAUCAUUAAAACUUAAAAACUAAGGCCAUAACAUUACUCCAAAUUAAAAGCCAGAUUAAAAAGAUAGGUCUUUAAUUUCCUUUUAAAAAGCUGAAGUUUUAUGUUUUAAUUUAUGACAGACUUAAUGAUUUAGAUUCUUUUUUCCAGAAAUUAAUUUACAAUUAGACACAGAAUAAAAACCAAUACCAAGUUUGGUUUGUUGAAAUCUUCAUAUUUUGUAUAAUAUUCUCCACAGCUGCUUAAAGGUCCAAUCUGUAUUUUUUGACCACGUUUACUUUGAUGAAAAAUCAAAAAUGUGCGUGUUUCUCAACUGAUUAUAAUUCAGAGGACUUGUUAUGUAAAUAAACCUUAGACUGCAUUAGAAAACAUUAAUAAUCGAGGUGUAAUUGUUGUCUUUUCUUAGUCUGUUUCAUAAAAUACAUAUCAUAGAAAUCAAUUAAGGCAAUUUCCAAUCUUGUGUUUACAAUUUUGAUUAGCAAUGCGUCUGUUUACAAUAUUGUUUGUGUCUUUAAUGUCUUAAUUUAUUCCUUUAUUUAAACAGGCAGUCUCAUUGAGAUCAUUGUCAACAGAGACCUGUGCUCAAGGAAACAUAUUAUUAAGAAAUAUAUAUAUAAAGAUAAAACAGUUACAAGUAGCAUUCAAAAUGCUCAAGUGUAAUAUUUUAAAAUCUUUAAAAGAAAUGUAAGAUUUAGUUUAAAAAGUCCUUGUGACCUGACGUUAUAAUAAGUGGACAUGCACAGGUAGAGAAAUGUGAUGCUGGAUCUCUUGUAAUGUUUUUGUUAAAAACGAUUAAAAGGCCAAACUCCCAUAAAGUCAGUGUAGUCCGUGAACUCAUACCUUUAACAUAGUGAGAUACAGUAGUUCUCCCAUUGAGUAAUAAAUUGAACUGUGAUGACAGAGGCCACCCGCCCACGUUUACGCUGGUUGGGGAAAACGAGCGCCACCAGCUUUGUUGAGUCAUCAUUCAGCCUCCGUAUCACAGCAUUGAACAAUAAAGAGAGCGAGCGGGCUUAUGCCAUUAUUUUUAAAUUUGUGGUCUUUUGUAGUCAUUCAUAACAUUUCAGCCUAACAUUUCAGCCAGUGACUGUGUGCUGUGGUAUUGGUCUUAUAUAAACGCUUCCACACUUCCACCAGAGCUGCACUUACAAAGUUUGUCAUCCUGAGCCAGGGUCAAAGGUCACGUCCGCUCCUUCGUGUCAGCGACCCUGGACCAGCACUGCUGUCCGUGGAGGCUUUGUGAACGCAGCCCCCGGACUAUAAAUACAUACAUGUAAGAGACUUGCAACAGUAAUAUACAGUAUAUUAUCUAUCUCUUUUCCUAAUCCUCAGUAUGAGCUGAUUGGACUGUAGUGUUUUUAUAAUGUGAUUUUUCUUUUUCAAAUGUGCUGCGGUGAGUUGUUCAUUUUGGUUUAUUUUAGGGUUUUCUACUCAAGGCCAGGAUGGAGCUACCAGAUCAAAUUGUUUAACUUGUGUCAGAAAAGCCAGUUAAAGGAUGAUUCCAAUUUAAUUUGUAUUUUUACCAGAUACACCUGCUCUUAAUCUAAAACGAGCCAAAGCACCGCCUAAAUAUCCCAUUAAAAACGGAUUCUAACAGCAUUUAAUGCUACAUUUACCCAUGUCUUAAUACUAAAUCUCUUAGUCUAAAUGUUCUAUCCAGAGCAACAUUGAUUUUUGAAGAUUUUAAAGUUUAAAGUGUUGGUGCCACAAAUUGGCAGCAAAGCAUCCUGGGAAGUGUAGCGCUACUCAUCAAUUUGGUAGCACCAUGGCGUACAUUUUGCCUUGGUUGAAUGGCACUACGAGACACAGUUGCCUCCUUUUUAAUGUGAAAGAUUUUCACCGAUAUGUUUCAUAUUGGCAGUUUGUCCACUGAUAUUAACUGGAGGUCAUUUAAUCUCCUUGUGAAGAUGAUUGUGGGAACUCAAUCCUUCUAAAAAGCUUGAUUAUAAAGUGAAUUGUAUCACUUAAUCUCCAAAACUACAUUUCAAUGUGUAGUUACAACCUGCCUCACUUUGAUAUAUCCACCUUAUUCCUAGCCCCCACGAUGCCUUGCGUGAAUUAUGUCCGUAACUUCCGGCGCGUCGUGUCACUGAAUUGUUUUCCAUGGUAACGCUACGCUCAUCGUCUCUCCUAGAGCGAUUGUAUUAAUGAAUCUAGUAAAACAUUUGAUCACCACCUAUUACAGCUCAAAUGGGAUCAUGUGAUCAUAGCUCUGCCUUCUACUAUGGAGGGAUGGAGGAUGACCUGAAGGAGUGGCCUCAGAUAACCUACACUAGCAUAUCUAGCUACGUUAUUGACUCCGUUGCUUCAGACAGUGAAGUGAUGAACAAUCUGAAAAGCUCUGAGGCAGAUCAGGACUUCCACAGUAACAAGGUUUAGUUUUUUACACACAGAUAACCAUACUUAAACUAUCUGUAGUCUAAUGCUGCCCUGCACUCUGUGCCAUAAACUGCCUUACAUUUUAAACUGUACAGAAAAUAGUGAAAGUAACUGUCUGUCAUUAAAGCAACGCUACAAUGCUGUGUCCUCCCUACACAUGACAUCAUACCUGAUGUCCUCCUGGCCGUGCUAUCAGUCCUUUAAAAGACCCGACGUCUCUUCUCCGCGGCUUUUAUAGCCCAACUAACGUACACUAACUAUAUUCUGUACACUAACCAUGUUCUGUACAGAUGACAUUUUUCCGCCGAUCGCUGAAUAAAUACUUCCAGAUCGUGCAUAACAUUUAUAUGCAUGUCAUCCUCAGUUCCACCUCUUUCAUUCCCGACAAAGCAAGACACCUCCACCUUUAGUUCCUGUGAGAUUUCAGUCAGUCUGUGAGGUGCGCACCGUGCGCCCACAGCACCCGGAAGGUGUACAUUUCAACUUAAUUUAUGCUUCUCACAGUACUGUGAAAUGAUUAUUCUGCUAUCACACAUUGUUAAAUAUAUUACCCUUUGUUGAAUAAAUGCUUCAAAAUGGUCAUUUUUAACAUCAAUGGUGCUCACUGACUGCUUGACACUGCAGCAGCAACUCUGUCAACACAGACACUGUUUGCACGUAAUCCUGCGUCCAAUAUUGAUGUUGCAGCAGCGUUGUGUAAUAAAACAUAAAUCAAGUUAACGUUUAUUACAUCAACUGAAUAUUUUGACAUUUAAAAUUUGAAUUAAUCGCCGUUGAAAUCAUGUUAUGCGCUCUGUACUGAACACCGUUAAGCUUAAUGAUCUUCCUACACAGGCGGAGGCGUUAUAUUACUUUUCCCCACUUUUCUCAAAAACUCUUGGUCCAAAAGACAUCAGUCAAAGUGUAGACUGUCUAAUGGAUAUUCCCCCGGAGAAUGAGACACAAACAAGCUUGUGUGGCUCUUAACAACAGAGGAGUGCUGCCUGGUGUGGCGCUAACGGGCGUAAAGUGUACGGAACACCGUACCACAGCUCUGCAAUGACAUUUUAGAAAAUGCCAAUGUACCGUUAGUUAAUCUGUUAAAAAUAAAGCAGGAUUUUGUAAAAUGAAGGUGAAUUCCUUUCCAAAGAAGCGCCGUUGGUGGUUAGCCACUAUGGUUAGCCUAUGGGACUAACUAGCUUACUGCUACUUCCGCUACCUCACCGGAAGUUACGGACAUAAUCAUUUCUACAGUAACACCCCUGAGAAUAAGGUGGAUAGGCACAGAAAUGCUGUUGAAACAAGUUAUAUGUAACCAUGAGGUCUAUAAAAUAUCAGUUUUUCAACCAAGUUUGGUCCAAUUUGAACGUGAACAUCUAGAUGUCUUUUGACCUUUAAAUCGCCAAAUCAUUGACUAUGUUUACAUGCACAAAAUAUUAAAUUUUUUGCACUUAUUCUGAAAAAGACAAUAUUCCUACUAAGCUGUUUACAUGGCUAAUGAAAAUGAAUAUUCCACUAAUAUUCCCGUUUCCAUGCAGCCGUGCAUAUUCAGAUUAGUCUAACUGGUGGCGGACUUGUUCCUGUUUUUGCUUUAACAUAAUAUUAAUAUAAGCCCAACAUUUUCACCGCACCUUCUGGCGCCACAAUAAUACAUUUUAAGGGUUACCUUUUUUGUCCGUUCCCAUACACAUUGCUAGGCUAAUUUCUUAAAACAUUAUGUGUGUUUUUGUAAAGAGGAAUAAAGGAGCCGAUGAAUGUUUUUUGAGUCAGAUGAGGCGCUGGAAGUAGGGGCUCCGAGGAGCCGGCCAUAAAAUGCUCCAUUUGGAAUAAUGCCUAAUUCAGAAUAUCCAAACGGAAUAUACUGUUUACAUGAUCCAUAUCAAAUUCAGAAUAUUGUCAUAUUCAGAAUAACAGUGUAAUAUUAGUGUGUAUGGAAACGUUGUCAGUGUUUACUGCAACCUAAACCAGGCAGAGAGCAGGUCUGUUAGAUAUUCUGAGACUAAGGGAUAUGGCUCAAAAGUAGUCCUUUUGUCGUUGUAUAUAAAUACCACACACUCUGUUGAAGAACACUGCAGAAUAAUGGAUAAAAGACUGGAUGAUGGAUUGAUGGAUGGAUGGAUGGAUGGAUGGAUGGCUUGUCGAUGGUUGUUCUCCCUGAUGGUUUGGUAUAGCAUUUAUGGAUGUUAUUAUUGACGCAAAAAAAGCACAAAGACCUGAGCCAAAUUGAACCAGAAGAUAAUGUCAAAGAGCCAUAGAUACUCAGUCCUGAAGGUAGCCAGCAUUGUUGGGAUCCAAGCACUUCAUAGUUUCUCCGCAUCCUAGAAUAUAAAGCUGUGACUGAAACCUUCUGACACUCUCCAUCUUGUUGGAUAUGCUGGUAAAACACCUGUCAAGACUUCCAAAUUGGAAAUACUCAUCCUCAGUUACCUAAUCUGGGAGACAAAAUACAUCAAAGUGUUAUAUUUUUGAGCAGAGACACAAAAGAUUUGAAAUGAACCGUGUGUAUCUAUGGCUGUUGGCUGGUGAGAAGACUUCAUUAUGUGUUGAAAAUGUGAGAAACUAAUCAUGUUGUAUAGACUUUUGGCAAGGCAGCCUGUAAAGUAAAAAUACAUUUGGGGUAAUAUAACAUAGACAAUGAAACAAAAUAAAACGGUGUAUUGUACACUAAAACCAACUGUAAGCAAGUAUGCAUGUAACUAUAGACAAUAAAUGGUGAACAAAAA